AUGCAAUUACAGGGGUCUAAGACAGGUAGCGAGGCCAAGUAUGGGCCGCCAACUCACAUUAGACGCAAGCCGUAUAAUUUGAUGCUAGAACUCCUUGAAAGCCAGGCGAAUCGGAAAUUGGUGAGUGAGUACGAAGCAGAUGGUACGAAGGUUUUGGCGCAGUUAGAAGCUUCUAGGGGGGUGAAUCCGGCAAUGAUUGACUUGCAGCCAGAGAUCCAAUGGUUCAUGAGACCCUUUUUGUUGGAUUUUCUUAUUGAGCUCCAUUCAUCGUUCAAAUUACAGCCACAAACAUUGUUUUUGUGCUUGAGCAUUAUUGACCGUUACUGUGCUAAGAGAAUCGUGUUCAAGAGGCACUACCAGCUCGUGGGAUGUACUGCUCUUUGGAUUGCUGGCAAAUACGAAGAUAAAAAGAGCCGGGUGCCUACGUUGAGAGAGUUAUCAAUAAUGUGUCGUAACGCAUACGACGAAGAGAUGUUUAUCCAGAUGGAGAUGCACAUAUUGGCCACACUCGAGUGGUCGUUGGGUCAUGCAAAUUUAGAGGAAUGUUUGCAACUAGCCAUUUCGUCAUGUAACAUCACCACCCACGGCACUCCGUGUAAAUACAAUAAUACAAGCGACAGAUCGAACUCCAUGAACAAUGCAUCCAAGGUAUCAGCCGUCACUGCAGUGGGUCGUUUCUUGUGUGAAUUAUCAUUGUACGACAAGUUUUUCUUGUCGGUUCCGUCAUCACUCAUCGCAGUAACAGCCAACUUAAUGUCCUGUUCCAUGCUACAAAUUCCUAAUGCAUCUGCUUCAUUGCGAGCUAUAUUUAAGAAGUACACAUCCGAAUCUAAUAUUCCCGGAUUCGAUUUUAAUGAAUACGAUGAAAAUUCCGAGAAUAGACAACCCGAAGUUGAAGGUCCCUUCUUGAGUGGUUUCGAUUCAUCCUCGCUUAAUACUAUUAGAAAAAUCUGUUUAAUGCUUAUCGUACAGUUAGGUAAAGUAACUGAAGUAUUAUCUAAGAAAUAUGACGAUUUGGGAGUUAUUCAAGUCGUCAAAAAUUUUAAUAAUCGCUACAGCUUUGCGGUUUCGGCUAUUUAUGAAAACCAGAAUAUAAUCCAAGAAGCCUCUAUGAUAGAUCUUGCUAAUUCGAAGCUAUGCAACCUCGCAGACAUAGUUUUGCAACUUCCAAACCUGAAUCUUGAAACGAAAAAUGAACAUCCUGUUCCUUUAACCCCACCAUCGGCAACUUCACAGUACUCAGUCUUUUCCAAUAAGAGUCUGGCGUCAGUCUGCACACCAAUACAUUCAACUUAUUUGCCUAGUUCAGAGAGAAUGGACGAUUUUUCGCCUAUGCAAGAUCCAGGUAAUAAUGGUUGGUCAUCUCCUGCCUCAUCUGCUAAAAUUCACAUAUAG